AUGGAGUCCCAAGGUCAAGGCUACCCCAGCUGGGACACUCAGGGCAGACGUGCCACCAUCUUUCCCCAGAGAGAAGGGGCCAGGACUUUGGGACCCUCUGCACUCCCUGCUCAGGAUGAGAGUAAUUCCUCAACGCCUCAUGAAAGGCAGUACAGGCUUCCCGUGACCAGGAAGAGGGCCAUGUGCGACUUCAGGGUGAGGUGGCCGGAGAUCGUAAACAAGGACCAGGAGGUGCGGAGAGAGGACCUGCUCCCGUCUGAACUGCAUCCCCUUGACAGGAAGUCCCAUGACAUCAUAAGCUUAUGCUCCUCGGGGUCCAGCAUCAGCCUCGGACAACAGGAGAGCAGCCACAGUGAUUUCCAGGAUUCCCAAGGAACCCCUGCCUGCUUCCUGGUGGCUCCACACAUGACCAUUCUCAACAACUAUCUGAAGCCAGAGUCAAUGACCAGGCUGGAGAAGAGGGUGAGGAAGAAGACCGUAGUGGCCAUGAAUCAGCUGGAGAUGGAGAUGGAAGCUGCCAAGUUCCGGAGGGCAGUGUUGCUGAAGGACACAAGGGAGCUGCAGGAAGAAAGAGAGCUGGAGGAAGUGGAAGAUAAGCCCUUCUUGGAGUACCUCAAGAAGAGAAACCAGAUAGCCCAGGAGAAGUACGACUUCGUGUGGAAUGAUUACAACCAGCAGUGUCAGGAGAUAGAGGACAGGAGGCGAGAGCUGGUCUCUGACUACACCUCCCGCCAGGCUGACUUCCAGAAGCAGCUGGGGCAGGGCAAGAGGCUGAAGGCCAGUUUGAGGAGGAAGCUGAAGGCCCUGGAGCCCAUAGCACAGAUAAAGCAGAGCCAGGAGGAGGAGAAAAAGGCCCUAGAGCUGGAAGAAGCCAGCAUAGUGGCUGACAUCCCUUUCAUGGACCGAGAGGCACACUUGCAGUUCCUGAAGGAAAGGGCCGACCUGCAGAAGCAAGUGGAGGAACUGAACCUGCUGGAGUCAGGGGAGGACAUCACCAGGGAGCUGAAGAAGAAGACCAAGGCCUUGGAGGCUAGGGUCCAACAAGCUCACAAGGACUUCUGCAAGGGUGUCAUUGCUGAGAACAGGAAGCUGCGAUCAGAGAUCCGACAGCUGGAUCAGGAAUUCUGCAAGCUGGAAGCCAGAAGGGAGAAGCUGGAGCGGCGGAAACAGAAAUGGAAAGAGCAGCAGUGGUACCUGGAGGCCCUGGCCCGGGGGAGGCAGCGCCUGCAGCAGCAGGAACUCCGCCCCCCAAAACCACAGGCCACUCCACACCCAACCCAGGGCUGUCUACGGGGUGCCAGGCCGAGAGCCACUCCUAAGUAA